GACUGAGUGAGCGUUCUCAGUUGGCGCCUUGUAUGGUUGGUCCUCUGGCGGAGGCUAUAACUUUACUGCAAAGACCCAAUCGCUUCCACCAUUAUUCUUCCUCUUCAAAUCCCAUAUCCCCUCAUAGAAACUUCUAUUCACUGUUCAGCACUCAGCCAGAAACCCUAGAUCUCGGUUUCAUCUAAUCCGGACUUCUCAAUCGUGAUUCCCCUGAGUUUUGCCCUAACCUUCUACUGAUCUUCGGUUUUCAUGAAUUUUUGAUCCGCAGUUGUUGUGAACUUGAGUUUUUUGGUACCGAAAUUGCUUGAUUCCGUUGGCUCUGAUCAAUUCGUGCUUGAGUUCAUAUAGUGCAUUCCGAUUUUUGAAGAAUGGCGGAUAAGCAGGUGAUUAAGCGAGCUAAGUACAAGUCAUCAGUCAAGGACACUGGCGUCCCUGGCGUUUUGAAAAUGACCAUGGAAAAGUUCAUGUUUAAGCCCAAUGACCCGAAGUCAUCAUCCAAGCUUAACGUGGAGUUUAGACUGAUUAAAGGCCAUAAAUUCACUAAAGAGGGCACCAGUAAGCAGGCCUUGCUUAAUCUUUCCCAGGAUCAGGGUAAAAACUAUAUUUUUGAGUUCGACAGUUUCUCAGACCGUGAUGCUUGCAGAGACUUUGUGGCAUCAGCCAUCACAUCUAGUGGAGAUUCUGGGAAAACUGCCCCUGCCCCUGCCCCUGCCCCUAACCCUACCCCUGAAAGUUCUGCUGUUCCAAGAGAUGAGCAACUUAGUACAGCUGAAAUGGAGCGCCGAAUUAAACUACUUCAGGAGGAUAGUGAAUUACAGAAACUUCACAAGCAAUUUGUUAUAGGCGGCAUUUUGUCAGAGGGUGAAUUUUGGGCAGCAAGAAAGAAGCUACUAGAUCAGAGUGAUGCUAAGAGGCCAAAGCAACAGGUAGCUUUGAAAAAUCACAUUUGGCAUAAAAAACCAACCAUUGAUGGUCAGCCAAACAGGAUUACCUUUAACUUGACACCUGAGAUCAUUCUUCAGAUUUUUGCAGAGAAACCAACUGUUCGUCAGGCAUAUCUUAAUUUUGUUCCAAAAAAGAUGACAGAAAAGGAGUUCUGGACAAAAUAUUCAAGAGCUGAAUAUCUCCAAGGCAUGAAAAAUGCUUUUGCUGCUGCUGCAGCCGAGGCAGCUGAAGAUGAGGAGCUUGCUGUUUUUCUGAAACAAGAUGAAAUCUUGGCAAAUGAAGCUAGGAAAAAGAUUAAACGAGUGGAUCCAACAUUGGACAUGGAAGCAGAUGAAGGCGAUGAUUACAUUCAUCUGCCAGAUCAUGGGCUUCCUCGUACUGAUACUAAAGAGACUGAAGAUCCGCAAACUGAGCCAUACAAAAGAUCUUUUGGACAAGAGCUCAAUCAGCACGCUGCAGUGGUUCUUCGAGGCAGAGUUGUAGAUGAGUUAGGUGACCCAAAAUCUGUAGCCGAAGCACUUGGCACUCGAAAAGAGGUUGGCGAAGAAUCUGAUGAGAACUUUGGCAAAGAGCGCUCAAUACGGGCAUCUCGAAUGGCUGAGAUUGAGGAUCUUCAGGCACCUCCAGAACCCCCAGUUGCCCCACUGUCUAUCAAGGAUCCUCGAGAUUACUUUGAUUCCCAACAAGCUAAUGCACUCAAGGCACUUGGGGAUUCAGUAGCUGGUAACAGACAAUAUAAAUAUAGUGUGAGCACUGAAGAAGCUUUUAGCUCCUUGAAGGAAUUUAUCACAGAAAUCAAUUCACAGGGAUUACCAGAGCCAAUAGUCAGUCCAGAAGCAGCUUUUAAGGUGUUCAAUGCACUGACUCAGAACAUAUCAAGUACCAAAUAUAAUCUUGGAAAAAACCCUCAUGAUAGCGUUUUGGAUAGGUUGCCAAACCCAAUCAAGGAUGAACUGCUACAUCACUGGACAGCUAUCCAGGAAUUAUUGAAGCAUUUUUGGUCCUCUUAUCCAAUCACAACCAAAUACUUUUAUACCAAGGUGACAAAAUUGAAGGAUGCAAUGUCCCAAAUAUAUCAAAAGCUACAGGAGAUCAAGGAAUCUGUGCAGUCAGAUUUCAGACAUCAAGUUUCCCUUCUUGUACAGCCAAUGCUUCAGGCCUUAGAUGCUGCUUUUGCGCAUUAUGAAGCAGAUUUACAGAAGAGAUCUGCAAAAAGUGGAGCAAGGCCAAACGGACUUUUGUAGACAAAAGAUUUGUAGUCACUUAAAGUGUUUAAGCAAGCCAAGCGAAGCCAAGCAAAGCAAGCAAGCAAGCAGCCCUCCCUCUGUUUACGGUUCGGUUCUUCUAUACAACAACUGUACAUCUUACAAAAUUUUGUUGAGCUUAUUUAUUCUCUAAUUAAUAUAAAAACUGCUUCAUUUAUAAUAUUA